AUGAGGUUGAAACAGCCUAACACAAAAAGGAAAAAACAUACCACAGACAGUGUCAAAUUUGAUCCCAACAGUAAGAAGAUUGUGUGGCAAUUGGGUAUGAUUUUUGAAAGUGUAAAAGAGUUUAGAUUGGCAGUCACUAAGUAUGUAAUUCAGAGAAGGGUUCAUAUUGAAAAGUGUGUGAAUGAGCCAACUAGAGUAAGGGUGAGAUGUUGCAAGGUAAAUUGCAAAUGGUUGUUAUAUGCAAGUUUGGACAGGAAGACUAACAACUUUGUUAUUAAGACUUACAUGCCAAUACAUUUAUGUCAAAAGGCUUCUAGAAAUUACUUGUGCAACUCUAAAUUCAUUGCUAGUGUCUUUAAAGAUAAAGUGAUUGAACAACCAAAUAUCAGAGUGUUCAAGUUGCAAGAGUUAAUCAGGAAGAAGUAUAAUGUGCAUGUUGGUAAGACCACAGCUAGAAGAGCAAGAGCUAAAAUUUUGAAUGAAAUUAUGGGUGAUCAUGUUAAGGAGUUUGGGAGAAUUCUUGAUUAUAAGGAUGAGUUGUUAAGGUCUAAUCCUGGGAGUACUUGUGUGGUGAAGCUUGGUGAAGCUAAUGAAGAUGGUAGGGUAGUAUUUGAGGCAUUUUACAUCUGUUUUGCUGCACUCAAGAUGACAUUCAUGUCAGCUAGAAAAUGUAUUGGUUUGGAUGGUUGUUUCUUGAAGGGGGUAUGCAGGGGUCAAUUACUUAUUGCAGUGGCCAAUGAUGGCAAUAAUCAAAUGCUUCCACUUGCUUGGGCUGUAGUUGAAAAUGAGAACACAAACAGUUGGAGUUGGUUUAUUUCUCUGUUGCAAGAAGAUUUGGGAUUAAGAGAUGGAACAAAUUUCACCAUUAUGUCAGACAUGCAAAAGUUGUUGCCAGCUUGUGAGGAAAGAAGGUGUGCUAGGCAUAUACUAGCAAAUUGGUCACAGAAUUGGAAAGGGCUGCAAAGGAAGAAACUGUUCUGGAAGUGUGCUAGAAGUACUUUUGAAGCUGAAUUCAGAGAAAAUCUGGAAGAGCUGUCUAAACUAGGUACGGGUAUAGUGGAUGAUCUAAUUUACUAUGAUAAAGAAUAUUGGUGCAAAGUGUAUUUUAAUUGUGAAGUUAAGUCUGAUGCAAUAGAUAAUAAUAUGUGUGAGAGCUUUAAUGCUUGGAUUUUGUCUGCAAGGCAUAAAACCAUUAUUAGUAUGCUUGAAGAGAUAAGGAUUAAGGUCAUGACUAGGUUAGCUAGGUUAAGUGAAUUUCCAAACUCUUGGAUAACCAACUUCUCUCCAAUGGCAAUGAAAGUAUUAGAAGAAAAUAUUGAUAAGUCAAUGGCAUGUAACAUUGAGUUUAAUGGAGUAACUGGAUAUGAGGUUUUAGAUGGAUACAAACAACACACUGUAUGUUUGAGAAAGAGGGAGUGUAGUUGUAGAUCUUGGAUGUUGAAGGGAAUACCAUGUGCACACGCCUUAGCUGCAAUGUUGCAUAGACAAUAUGAUCCACAUGAUUUCAUUCAUCCAUGCUANUUACUCACAUUUCAUACAACCUAUGAAUAA